CUAUCACGACAUCGCUCGCAUGGCCUUCCAAUUGUGCCUCAAGUGCGAAAUAUCAAAUUAAUGUGAAUUACGAUUUUUUGCCAUCGAUUCGUCGUUGGGAGGGGAAGACGUUCAAAUGGACAAGGUCGUUUUGUGCUUCGUAAUCAUCGUUACCCCUCCGCGGCGAACAGUAAGCGACUGAUUCUCUGAGCGGUGACACGUGCAUAGGAGAUUCUCCGGCUCUUCGGGACUCUUCUGGGCAGUAAAAUAGGCCACAGUGUGAAACAAUGCACAGGUGGGAGGGACAAUGAGCGACCGAGUGCAGGUGAAAGUGCUGUUUUUCGCAAAGUGCCGCGAAAUCGCUGGAGUGUCGAGUGUUUUGUAUUGCGUACCGCCCAGAGUUGAUCGUCAUCUUCUUGUAGAUGAGAUUUGCGAUAAGUUCGGAUUUGGAAACAUCCGAGAGAAUCUGAUUGUGGCAAUCAACGAGCAGUACUGCUCAGCUGAGGCAGGAGGAGUUCUGGAGAUAAAAGAGGGAGACGAGAUCGCCCUGAUCCCACCAAUUUCCGGAGGAUAA